GUCGAAAGGGCAGUAUAAAAUACACUCACGAAAGAUAAGGUGUUUCAAAGUUUCGCUAUUAUUGUAACAGCCGUAUCACACCUAUCUUGCGACCUCUCGAAAUGACUGCCUGUGAAUAUGGACGAAGUAGCUGCAGCUAUAUUUAACUAAACAGAAGAAAGAUAGUCACUAUGUUGGAGAUCAUCAAUGGGGUCUUACUCGUUUACUUCCUCAUAUUAUGCACAAUAAGUGCAUUAGUUCCACAAUUAGUGAAGCCUGUAGCCGCAUGCUUCAGUAGGCCCUCGAACAAUGAACGCAAUGUGUGGGCUGAGUUACUGAAACUAAAAGCUGACCAGAAGAAGAUUUCUAUGAAAGAUGAGUUUGCACAAUAUUCCAAACUGCAACGCAAGAUUAACAAACUAGAAUCUCAGUUGAAGGAAAACUCACAAGACCGAUUGACCAAGAAUGUUGCAGUGAAGGGCUCCGUACACAUUAUACUUCAAGCUGUUAUUACGUUAACUAUAAUAGUGUCUAUGUUUUUAUACAGACAUGAACCUCUAGUUCUAUUGAAAGGCAAUCUAUUUCCGUUGACCAGAUUUCUGAGGUUCCCGUGUGAUAUUCCUAAUGCUGUGACUACUCAUGUUUGGGUUAUUAUAUCAAAUGUCUCCAUCAGAACUUUAUUGAAACCAAUAUUGUCAUGAUUAGCUAAUAUAGUUUUAAUUUAUUGAAGUUUGACUAAAUUAUCCUCUGCAAUGGGUACAUAAGUUUGUUAAUAUAUUGUUUUUCUUA